GGCCCCUUUCUCUCUCCCUCUAUCUCUUUACCCCCUUGGAAACUACUACUAUUUGAUCUCCGAUCGACCGAGGUCUCCCUCUCCGCCCCCUCUUUCUUUCUGCUGCCUCCGUGCCAUGCUGCUACGGCUCCUCCUCCUCCUCCUCCUCCUCCUCUAGCUACUUCUCCUCGCGUGCCUACCUAAUACUCUCUCUCUCUCUCUCGCUCUCUCUCUCUCUCUCUUUUUAUCUUCGUCAUCUUCUUCCUCCGAUCUUUUGGCCCAAGGUACGUACGUGUCCCGCGCGUGCCCAAGUCGUCUGUGCCUCGCGCGCGUCUCGGUCUCUCCGACGUUCUAGCGAGAGGAGAGGGGGUGGCGCUGUGCCGGGCCGGGCCGGCCGGGUGGAUGGAAUGAACCGGCGGCGGCCCGGAUGGUCCCGGCUCGGAACCUGCAGCUCCUCCGCGACGCGCAUGGCACGCCUUUCAUCCGCGACGUCGCCGCCGGCGUCAACGCUCUGACGGCACAGCCGCCGACGCCCAGCCACCACAUGGCACAGGAGCCCAUUAACCAGGACCCGACAAAGCCGCCGCCGCCGCAGGAGAGGCAGCAAGUGCACCAGGAGGAGCGCCACGGGGAGGCGCUUGCGGUGUUGCCUCCGCCGCCGCAGCAGCAGCCCCACCCCCCCGGCACAAGCGGCAGCAGCAGCGGCGGCAGCAGCAGCAACGGGGGCGGCGGCGCCGGGGGAGGGGACUGGCUGCGCCUCGGCCUCGGUCCGGCGUCCCCGGACCCCGGUGCCACAGCUCCCGAGAUCGAUCUCUUUGCGGGGACGGCGGGGCCGCGGCAGGAGCUGCUCCAGGGCAUGGGCAUGCCGCCGGGGGCCUUCCUGCGCCCCGCCAUGCCCGGCAUUCCGCAGGCGUCGUUACAAAUGUCCGUGCCGCGCGCUGGGCCACCUUGGCUGCCGCCUUGGAGCCACGCGGCGCAACAACCGCAGCUGCUUCUCCCGUUCGGACACCGCGGGCUCUACGGGCCUGGCUCGCCGGCCGCGGGGCCCUCCGGCUUCGACACCACCAGGGUUGUGCUGCCUCCACCGGCGGCCACCGCCAACGCCGGCGUCUGGUUCGUCUUCCAGGCCGCGCCCCACCAAGGGAGGGAGCCGUUCUUGCCUCAGAUUCCAAGAAGCUACUUAAGAAUCAAAGAUGGGAGGGUGACAGUUAGAUUGUUGAUCAAGUACCUGGCUAACAAGCUCGGAUUGGAAGACGAAUCAGAGGUGGAGAUUACAUGCCGAGGGCGACCGCUCCCCCCGUUCAUGACCCUUCAGCAUGUCCGUGACAGCAUCUGGUGCCAGAGAGACGCCGUGUCCACAUCGGUUGCACCGGACAUGUCAACCGCUAACCACAUUAUGGUUUUGCAGUAUGGCAGAAGGCCGUAGUAGAGACAGCCCCCCUCCCCUCCCUUCUGAUGUCACUCACAAAAAUGUAGAUUCUACCCCCCUCUUUUAACCAUUUUCCGGCACGGCACAAAAGGCGGCAUGACGGACGACAAUUCCUGACCGCCUGGGCUCGGAGGCUGCUGAUGAUCUAUUGAUGAACUACAGAAGAGAAGGUGCGGAAUGGAGCUUUUUUUUUCUUUUCCUGACAACCGGCGCGGUUAUUCAUCGGCACACCAGAGGCUUUUUUCUUGGCCACCCCCUUUUGUAUACAGGCUUUGUUUUCUCCAGCUAGUCACUAGUCUAGAGAAAACAGCUUGGAAGCUGCCUGACAUGAUUAGAUCAAAUCAAACUGUGAGAGGAAGGGAUUUCACUCAAGAGUGCACUUCCAAGCCAUUUUGGCCUUCACUUCACCUGAUUUACUAAUUUGAGAUUCCAGCUGUCACAUUUUGUUC